CGACGUCAUCCGACCGCGACUCCAGUUCCGCCCGGCGGGGACCGGCUGGCGGUGCGCGGGUUGCGGUGGGAGUGGCGCGGAGCUGCAGGGCGUCCUCCAGUAGAGCGCGAGCGGCGGCCGGCCGACUCUGCGAGCUACUAGUUUAAAAAAUGACCACCCCAAACAAGACACCUCCUGGUGCUGACCCUAAGCAGCUGGAAAGAACUGGGACAGUACGGGAAAUCGGGUCACAAGCUGUUUGGUCGCUGUCAUCUUGCAAACCAGGGUUUGGAGUGGACCAGUUACGAGAUGAUAAUCUGGAAACAUAUUGGCAAUCAGAUGGCUCCCAGCCUCAUUUAGUGAACAUCCAGUUCAGGAGGAAAACUACAGUGAAGACUUUAUGCAUUUAUGCCGAUUACAAAUCUGAUGAAAGCUACACUCCAAGCAAGAUUUCAGUUCGAGUAGGAAAUAAUUUUCACAACCUUCAAGAAAUUCGGCAACUUGAAUUGGUGGAACCAAGUGGCUGGAUUCACGUUCCCCUAACUGACAAUCAUAAGAAGCCAACUCGCACAUUCAUGAUACAGAUUGCUGUCCUAGCUAAUCACCAGAAUGGAAGAGACACCCACAUGAGACAAAUUAAAAUAUACACCCCAGUGGAAGAGAGCUCGAUCGGUAAAUUUCCCAGGUGCACAACCAUCGACUUCAUGAUGUAUCGCUCAAUAAGGUGACCUUAGGAUGGACAGCGUCAUCAGUCACAUCUGGGUUUCACCUUGUCAGCACUGACGACACCUGGAAGCUUGACUGAACGACUAGCAGCUGAGCUGUCAGUUCAGUAUCAGCUGUUUCGCGACUUCGUAUUCAUUUCAAAGUAUCUCAUUGUGAUUUUGGUAAAUAAUUUUUUGGGUUAUAUCAUCUUUAGUUUCUAUGUUGCUUAAUAAAGCUCACGUAUUUUGCAUUACUAUAAAUGGGUUUGGAGUCAAUCAUUAAAUUUCCUGUUAAUCAAAAGAGAACCAGCCAAACUGAAGAAUUUAAGACACAAUUCUUUUGUUGGUGGUGAUUGUUGUGAUUGUUCUGCAUCGAUGAGACUCACUGCGCACAUGGGAACGAAACUGCUUUAUCAACAUGUAAUAUCUUUACAGGUAAAAAGAAAAUGUUCUUUUGUUUUUCUACCAAAGGGAGUUUCCUUAUUU